AUGCACACUUUCCAUUGUGACCUCAUCGUCGUCCUUCACGAAGCAACCCACUCGCAGCGCAGCAGCGGUCCAUGUUACUUCCGCCGUCUCAGCCUCGAUUACAGUUACAGCAUCGUCAAUCGUCUCAACACACCGAUGCGCGCGUCCAUCGACGCGUUCACGCGAAAGGCUCUUACGACAGCGUCGAUAAAGACCGAGCUCGAGGUGAAGGGCGCGAGGUGA